CUUGCACAGAGUUAUAUUAACCUGUCAAAUCUUUAUUAGGCAUUUUUCUACAAUCAGUCCAUCCAAAACCAACAAGGCAACUUUACUUAAGGUCUCAAGACAAUGAUGGAGUCAACCACAAACUCCCUCAAUCAAAUCAAUACAACUGCUCUACCUGAUGGGAAUGCCCAUACAUUUAAGUAUCCCGGGUUGAAGCAGUCUCUCAACACCAUGUCUAUCAUUGUUUAUUCCCUGAUCUUUCUCCUUGGUGUGCUUGGGAAUGGAGUGGUUAUCUGGGUCACUGGGUUCAAAAUGAAGAAAACUGUUAACACAGUUUGGUACCUCCACCUUGCUGUGGCUGACUUCAUCUUUGCAGCAUAUCUGCCUUUGAAUGUGGCAUACAAGAUUUUGGGGAUGCACUGGCCCUUUGGUAAGAUCAUGUGCAGGCUGAACACCAUGGUGCUCUUUCUGCACAUGUUUGCUAGUGUCUACAUUCUGGUGGUGAUCAGUCUGGAUAGAUGCGUCUCUGUCGUGUGGCCCGUGUGGGCUCAGAAUCACCGAAAUCUGUGUAAGGCGUCCUGUGUGAGUCUCUGUGUUUGGAUACUGGCUUUCAUUCUCAGCGCUCCAUGUUUUUUCUUCAGGAACACUGAGAAAGUGUCUGAGAAAGGCAAAAUCCUCUGCUUCAACAGCUAUGCUAUUUCUGAUAACUAUGAAUUACCGUCUGUUAUUCAGAUGCAAAAGUUUCGUCAUCAGGCCAUGAUCAUCACUCGUUUCUUCCUGCUUUUUGUUGUUCCCUUCACUGUCAUUGUCUCCUGUUACGCUGUCAUCAUCCAGCGUCUCAGACGAAACCAUGUCCUGGCCAGCAAGUCAAGUCGCCCCCUCAAGAUCAUUGCUGCCAUUAUCAUCACUUUUUUUCUGUGCUGGGCUCCCUUUCACAUCAUGAGUCUUAUUGAGCUGGUGAAAUUCAGAGCUGCUGCUCCAAAUAAAACGUUAGUCUAUGUCAUUGCUGUUGGGAAUCCUCUUACUAGAAGUUUGGCAUUUUUUACCAGCUGCCUGAAUCCACUGCUGUAUGUGUUCAUGGGACAAGAUUUCAAGAAAGAAAUCCGCAAAUCCAUCCUGAAUUGGCUCGAGACUGCCUUCCAGGAUGUGGAGGCACACUCUCAUACUUACUCAAAGACAGUGGACACCAGUCAGAGCAAAGAGAAUCAGAUUUGAAUAUUGACAUGUGAAGUAAUGUAAGUAAGUAAUAAUCAUCAAUCUUGCACAAAAUCCCCAAAAUCUAUUUAUGCAAUUCCAGGUGCCUUUUUCACUUCUACACACAAACUUCAGCGGGCGCUGCUGUUCACUAAGCGGAGACAGCAUCAACAAAUAUAGUCCCGAUCAGAAGUUUCAGUUAAAGCAUUGUUUUUUGUGAGCAUUGCAUGCUCCCAUUUCUUCUCUUUGCAUGUUGAAGCUCUACCUGGACCUUUUUAAGAUACAAUCGUGUAAAAUAUGAUUUUUUGCCAUUUUCAAGUGGUCUUAACUUUUGAUUUGGACUGUAUUGAUGGGAUCUUAACAGUUGCGGAUUUUGCUUAGAAAAACUACAAAUGACAGUUUAAAUAUUGAAAGUAGUUUGAGCCACUCUUUUAGACAGUUUUCUAGUCGAGGUUUGAGUUGUGACUUCUACAAAAUAAACACUUUCAUAGAUGCUGUUAUGUCAAAAUCUUCAUGUGUGUACAUGCACAGACCACAUGUGCAUAAUGUUGUGCACAUAAACUCACCGAUGUAUAUGACAAGUUUGUGGCAUUAAAUUUGUAUUGUAAUUUAAAAAAAUGUAAUACAUACAUUUAAUACAGUUUUAAUAGACACCUUUCAAAACACUCAAGUACUCUUUAUAAGCAAAUCAAAUAAUAAAUUCAAAGUCUGGAUAAUAACAGCUGGAAGACACAAAAAAUCAGAGGCAACAACAGGCAAAAAGUAAGAAAGAGGAAAAAUAUCCACAGGCAAGUCCAGUGAACUGGACCUCAACAGUGUUUGUGGUCUUAUAAGCUCUUCCGGGAUUUUUAGUUUGCAUACUUGGAUUAGUGAAAUGAAUGAUUCAUAUCUUAUGCUAAAUAUAUACAGAUUUUUCUAUUAAAGUCCCCAUCUACAGCCUGUUGUUUCUUAGAUUCAGCAAUGAAACUGAGGCUACGUCCACACGUACACGGGUAUUUUUGAAAACAGAGAUUUUCCAUUUUUGUUUAAAAGAAAAAAUCCCGUCCACACACGCAGUUUUGAAAAACUAUGUCCGUCCACAUGUCAACGCUAAAAACGAAAUGUUGGCCAAUCAGAAGUCUAGCAGCCUGGGAGGGAAAGACUAAACAAGGUUUUGUACCCUCACAAAACCUUAAGUACUUCCAAAAAAUUUUGGUUUUCCUGGAAUGGCAGAUAAUUUUGUGUUACUUUUGUUGGGAUUUAGAGAUU